AUGCUGACAGAAUUGCUGGGGAGACUGAAAAGAAAUGGAAGGAAGAAGGACUCAGCUGCUGCAGUGCAUUCGGCAAUUUGGUCCUCCACAACUUCCUCAAAUGUUUCCCUAGUCAAGUCCAGCAAGCCAUUGUCCCAUGCUAAUCCAUCCGGGAAACUUCGUCCGCCAGCGAAUGACGCAAACAGAGUUGGCGAUAUUGGCGGCCUUCCACCAACAAAUCUAUCGGUGACUCCUUCCAGACUCCAGCGCCCAGGCUUGACGAAUCUCUGGGAGAGGGCAAACGAGACUCUGCGGAACGACCCCGAUUCCGAGAAAAGGGAGCUGGCCCAAAAUUAUGCCGAGAUUUUAGCCUCGGAACUUGCUGGGCCAGAGUCUGGGCCUAUGGACACCGAUCCGGCUCAUCUCAAACAAGAGAUAGUGGCAGAACGUUUGAACGCUAGAGUGGAGAUGCUUAGCCAUGAGCAACUAUCCAUCUCUGUCGGAAGCCGCGAGCUUGAUAUUGAACCCUUGCUUCGGAACGUAUCGAAACACAUCGUUGCAGCGAGGGACCUCAUUAGCAGUGCUGCUGGCGCCGACCCCCACGCCGCCCUAGCGUGUGCCGGUGGACUCGUCAUUCUCACCUUUCUUAUCCGCCCAUUGGAGCAGAGAGCACACAUACUCAGAGGGCUUGAACUGACCUCUUCACUCAUCUGUCGAUACUUUGCGAUGGAGCAGGUUUACCGUUCGAGAGCACGCCUUGAGAGUCUGUCAGCAGAAUUGGCCAGAAAGCUUGUAUUGGAUUUGGAACAAAAUCUGAUCAAGCUGUACACGAAUAUCAUCGAGUUUCAGGCCAGAGCACUAUGCUAUCUUCAUCGAACCCGAUCGACUCGGUUUAUUAGAGACGUGUUCAGAGGCGAUACAUGGAAGACCCUCAUUGAAGAGAUCGAGAGACUCGAUGCCCACUGCCGUGCUUUCGCAAACCUCAUCACCGACGAAAAGAUUCUCACAUUUCUAGAAUCUCAUUCCGAGAAAGUUGAACAAGUCAUCAUCAGCAUCAAUACGCCCCAACCCGUCUCAUUCGAUCUUCUGCGAAGAAGGACAGCGCUUCUCCGCACUCUGUACGCCUGCCCAUACCGUGAUCGUAAAGACAUCAAUCCAGAAAGAGCACCAGGGACCUGCGAGUGGUUCACCGAGCAUGGCUACUUCAGCGAUUGGAUGUCUGCAGUAGACUCGAAGAUCUUGCGAGUUUCGGCAGAUCCUGGCUGCGGCAAGUCAGUGCUCUCGAGAUAUUUGGUAGACGAAAUCCUUCCAAGCACCUCGUUUCGGACGACGUGCUACUUCUUCUUCAAAGAUGAUUUUGAGGAUCAGAAACUUGCUUCCAUUGCGAUGUGUUGCAUUUUGCGGCAGCUCUUCGAGCAAAACCCUGACUUGAUGGACGAGAGAACUUUGGCAAAGUUCGAGGCGGCCGGCGACAACUUAUGCAAUUCAUUUCCCAGUCUUUUCGAGAUGCUACUCGAGGCUUCUAUGAGAGUAGAGACUGAGUUGAUUUGCAUUUUCGAUGCUCUUGAUGAAUGCAACGCGGAAGAUUGUAGGCAGAUCACUGCUGCACUGAGCAAGUUCUACAUGAACCUCGGUGAGGGCAGCCGCCGUAAAGUCAUCAUCACGUCUAGACCGUACGCCCGCAUUCAGCGAAGCUUACAAAAGCUCGAGACCUCUGUACCGGCUAUCCAUCUGAGGGGCGACAGUGAGUCGCAAUUGAGAAAAAUCUCUGGCGAGAUCGGCGUCGUCAUUCGCCACAGAGUUAGGAGCAUCGCGGAAGCUCGACUACUGGAACCUCAUGAGAUUGAGUUGCUGGAGCAAAGCUUGUCAAACUCACAACAUUGGACCUAUCUAUGGGUCAAGCUCGCACUCGAUUACAUCGAAGACCGUCUCGAGUCUCUUACGAACAAAAGUAUCCAAGCCGUCUUGAGAAGCGUGCCGGAGAAGCUAGACGGGCUAUACGAAAAGAUUCUGGAUCGAAGUGCGAACAAGGAACGAGCCCGAAAGGUUCUACAAAUCAUCAAUGCGGCGUUUACACCAUUGUCCCUCGAUCAAAUAUCCACGGCACUUUGCAUCGAAAAAGAGCACAGCAGGGGCUCACAACUCAUCAAAGAGCCGACUCAUAGGCCUCAGUCAUAUUUGAGAGAAAUUUGCGGGCUGUUUGUGACCGUCGUUGAUGGGAGAGUCUAUCUCCUUCACGAAACUGCCAGAGAGUUCUUGAUCAGAAAUUCGGAUUCUGUGGGGCUUGAUGCGCAAGAUGAAAAAUACAAAUCGACUGGCUACACUCGAUCACACUCCAAGAGUCACACUUAG